UCUCCACUUUGUACCUUUCUCGCCCCGACUGCGAAGCGGGCCGGGACCCGCAGGGCCAGACCGGACCCGACCCCGGGGGCAAUGCGGCCGCUGCCCCUGCUGUGGACUGUCCUGUGGGCCGCGCUCCUCGGCUCCCCUCUGCGGGGAGGCUCCAGCCUCCGCCACCCCAUCUACUGGAACUCCAGCAACCCCAGGCUGCUCCGAGGCGACGCCGUGGUGGAGCUGGGUCUCAACGACUACCUGGACAUCUACUGCCCGCACUAUGAAGGCCCAGGGCCCCCCGAGGGCCCCGAGACCUUUGCUCUGUACAUGGUGGACUGGCGGGGCUACCAGGCCUGCCGGGCCGAGGGCUCGGGCGCCUUUAAGCGCUGGGUGUGCUCGCUGCCCUUCGCCCCCUCGGGCCCUGUGCGCUUCUCAGAGAAGAUUCAGCGCUUCACCCCCUUCUCCCUGGGUUUUGAGUUCUUGCCUGGAGAGACCUACUACUACAUCUCGGUGCCCACUCCGGAGGCUCCUGGCAGGUGCCUGAGGCUGCAGGUGUCCGUCUGCUGCAAGGAGAGCAAAUCUGAGUCCGCCCAUCCCGUCGGAAGCCCCGGAGAGAGCGGCACAUCGGGGUGGCGAGGGGGCCACGCGCCCAGCCCCCUCUGUCUCUUACUGCUGCUGCUGCUCCCAAUCCUGCGUCUGCUGCGAGUCCUCUGAGCCAAGCGGGCCUUCCCUGCCACCCCAAGGAGCCAGAGGCCCCCCGGAAACCCCCGGAGGAGGAGGAGGAACCCUGCCACCACCGGCCCUGGGGUCAGACGAGGCGGAGCAUCUCCGGGGGUCCAGGGGCUCUGAGGUGACCCUUCUAGGACCCUGCCCCCUCGCCUCAGGUUGAAGAGGAACGUGAGGGAGCUGCAGACAGCCGGGCCCCCAGAGCAGAGGCAGGACAGGCCUAGGAGCUUCGCCGGCUGCUCCAUGCUCUCAUCUCAGCCCUGGGAAGACAGGAAUUUGCUGGAAUAGGACCCCUGAGCCAGCCACGGCUGAAGGCCUGGGACAGGUGGACUGCUGGCCCCCCAUGAAGCAGCAGCCCCGGGCAUCCGUGCCUGGGGGCAGCACCUGCCCUGCCCAGGGGGUCACUCACUUGUCUUCUGUGAAGACGGACUUUGCCAUGAGGUUGAAUUUCAUGCCAGUUUGUAUUUUUAUAAGUGUCUGGACCAAACUUUCAAUAAACCUCCCAUCUUUUCGUUGCC